UCUCACUCUCUGACUUUGCGGGUUUCAGGGGAAACGAUGUUGAAUUGUUUUGAAUUGGAGCCAGAAAUCGCCUGCGUCUAUUUCUGUUGCAGUUUUUACAUUUAGCAUCCCAAAAUUUACUCCAUUGCUGUUGAUCAUGGACCCCUUUUGUUUUUCGAAUUCAACCUAUUUGGUGUUAUGUCUCUGAUAAUGUAGGAUGUGAAAAUGACACUAAUCCUUCACUCUUCCCUCUAUUUCGUUCAAAUCUCGUCUCCACAAAUCCUUCAGCAAACACAGUAAUCAUGGCUCUGCAGGAAGAAGGGUGGCCCUUCGGAUUACUGCAUGGGAGGAUUAGGUUGGUACAAAAUGACAGUGAUUUCUCUGGAUCAAUACUCACUGCUUCUCCCACUUCGUUCACUCAUUCUACUUCAGAUCUUGAAUCCCAGUCCCCAGGAUCCUUGUUCCAUGAAAAGACCAUCACACUUGGAACCCUCAUUGGCGAUUCUAGCCUCCUGGAACUCUCACAGAGAUCAAACAGGGGAAGAACAGUGGUGGACCCCACAAAGGACAGCAAUAAGAAGAGUCAUAAGAUGAAGCCAUGGCUGCUCUCAUUGUGCUCGAAAAAAACCACUGAUGCAGUAAGUGUGAAGGAUGGUCCUUCUCUUGGUCACUACCUUGAAGCAGAGAGAAGAGCUGCAACUUCUUUCAGAUUCAACCAUUCUGUCUGUGCUUCUUCCCAUUUCUCCCCAAUUCAACGCUCAAACUCUCUAUCAUCACCAUGCAUUCUCAAACUUGAGAAUCCAUGAAAUUUAUCUCAAUUUUACUUUUCUUUUUAGUAUUUUCCUCCUUCCAACAGAAGAAUACUUCAUGAAAUUUAUGAACCCUCAAGUUAUCCUUCUAUCAUCUGUUUCAUUGGGUGGGACAAUGGUUAUGCAGAUAACCAAGUAAUUGCCUCUUGUUACUCUUUUCGUUUAACGUGAGAUUCAAUAUUUUAGCCAUCCAACAGUACAUUUGGUCUUAUCAAUGUCAUGUUUCCUUCAAGUUUGAGUUA